AUGUGGUAUGAGCAGGAGGUGUUUGAGCACCAGGCUGUUUUUCUUCACGCGGCUGGCUCUCUGGGCAUGAACGAGUAUCUCAAGCGCUACGAAUUAUUGAAUGAGACGGACGGUUGGCGGUCGGUGUCCGUGCUGCUGUGCCUCGCGCGAACGUGGAACGGCGGCAAGGGGGGCCAGUGCAAUUCGUGUCCCAGCCCGGGCGGCCAGUUCUGCAAAACCCACCUCAAGGACGAGAGGUGGAAGAACCACGGCAGCGUUCGCGGGCCGAUCCCUGACAAGAAGCUCCAGGAAUUCCUGCGGGUGGCCGCGAAGCGGUGCGAGUCGAGCGGCGGCGCGGUGGCGAGCAGCGGGCCGCUGCGCCGUCGCUCGACUGAGGCGCGGGCGUCGUCUGAGGCGAAGGGCCCCGCCGCGGCCACGGACAGGAAGAGCCAGGCGGGCGCCUUCGGCGCGGAGGAGAUCACAGCCAUCAACCAGCGGGUGCGGAGAAUGCUCGGGACAUUCAACCGGACCGAGCUGCUGGAGAUGGACGCGGCUGCCUUGCUGAAGAUCAUACGGGAGAAGGACUGGCAGGGCCCGAAGUGGGACACCCUGCGCGAGGGCCUGAAGAGGGGGAGGCUGGAGCGCGAGUCCGCCGAGCGCAUCCUGGAGCAGCAGGAGGCGGAGGUGAGCGACGGCGUGGCGCGGGAGCUCGCGGCGGCCUCGCGCCCUCCGAGGAGGGAGGCCGAGAGGCCCGCGAGGGGCGCCAAGCGGAAGGCGGAGGGCCCCGGAGAGGCCGCGCCGCCCGCGAAGGGCCAGAGGGCGGCAGAAGGCGCUGCGGGCACGGCGAGGCCAAGGGCGGGCGGACCGGCCGCCAAGGAGGGGGCGAGGGCGCCGAGGGAGCCCAAGGCGCCGAGGUGCACGUGCGGCUGCCCCAUACACCAGAUCAGGUGCCCGCUCUUCAAGCCCGUGUACCAGCCCGAGUGCGAUGUCAAGUACAGCGCGGCGACGGGCGUGUGCAGCGCACGCCCCGGGACGGGGCGGCUCGGGGCGCCGAGCGCGCCGCCCUCGCCGCCCGCGCUGCCGCGGGGCGCGCAGGCCCCGCGCCUGUCGCAGCAGGCGGCCGACAGGGUGCGGAGCCUCGCCGCCGAGGUGGCGAAGCUGCCCGUCCCGCAGCAGCGGGGCGAAUGGAAGAAGAAGAUGCUCCUGUACCACCCGGACAAGAGGCAGGGGCAGGGAAAGGUUACUGAUACGGACAGAGACUUCGCAACGCAGAUAUUCAUGGAGAUCAAGCGCAAGAUCGACAGCAUGGCUGAGAAGAGGAAGGGCUCGGCGCGUGCGCAGACAGCGACCUGA